UAGACUUUGAGGUAGUGCAUACUAAAAGUUGUCCAGAAAUCCUUCGUUAUGUUUGUCUAUUCCAGUGCAAAGUCGGAUCUCCAUAGAAUUAACGAUCAAAUUCAAUCAAAACUUUGAUGAGGGUCUGCUCAUCCCGACGUCAUCCAAGUUUAACCAAACUGCUUUAAACUAUAGCAAAACGCUGACGCCUCUGUUUAUGAACGUCACCAAUUUUGAUGAAGUCGUCAUUAAAAAGUUCUGGGAAGGGAGUGUUGGAGUCGAUUUCGAUGUAAAGUUGAAGGCCUUCCACCAAGGUCAGCCAAUCAACAGUUCCCUGGUUAAAAACGAGUUGUCGGACGUUAAAACUCAGCUGCUGAAACUGGACAAAGUUGACCAGACAUAUGUCAACGUGACCUUCGACGAUAAAUUAUCUGAAGCCUUGCACGUACUGGAGGAGUUUUCCCGUGACGUGUGUAAGAGUGAGCACAUCUGUAAUGACACGCACGUGUGUAACUCAACCAGCCAGGUGUGUGAUAACAAAUGUUUCAACUUCCGGUGUCCAGUCAACGCCCAGUGUUACGUCACUGACCAGCACACCGCACAAUGUAGAUGUAAAACAGACGAUAAAUUUGUCUACGGCGGUGCCGACUGUUCUGAGGUGGCCGAGAAAAUGGCGCUGACGUCCACACAGAUCAUCGCUAUAGGCACGGGGGUGGGCGGGGCUGUUGUCGUCAUGGCCGUCAUCAUCAUCGCUGUGGUCAUCCUGAGGACCAGGCGCCGGCGGGUACCAGAUGAGCAGACGACAGAUGCCGACAGCCUGACUGAUGACGCGUCCAUUGAAGAGCAGCGUCAGCAGAAGUCUGUUGCCGCGUCAUCCCAUGACGUCAUGAAACCAGACUUUCACCGUUUCCGGCUUGAGAUACCCAGACCUCGGGUAGACAGACUACACCAUGACGCCAUCUUGGAAAUCCAGAACAGAAAUUCCACGUUGGUGUUUGACAGCGUUAGCAGACGAUACACCACGUCAGUUCACUGACCACGUCAGUUCACUAGAGUGACCACGUCAGUUUACUAGAGUGACCACGUCAGUUCAUUAGUGACCACGUCAAUUCACUAGUGACCACGUCAAUUCACUAUAGUGACCACGUCAGUUCACUAGAGUGACCACGUCAGUUCACUAGAGUGACCACGUCAGUUCUCUAGAGUGACCACGUCAGUUCACUAGAGUGACCACGUCAGUUCACUAGAGUGACCACGUCAAUUCACUAGUGACCACGUCAAUUCACUAUAGUGGCCACGCCAGUUCACUAGAGUGACCACAUCAAAACGGAUGUUCAGGCAUUUUCCGAUUUGUUAAGUGAUAUUUUUACUUUAGAAGGCAAUGAGCUGGUUUGAUAUUCCUGUCAGAGGUUUACAAUUUGAAGUCUGUUGUCAGAGGUUUACAAUCCUGUCACAAUUUACUAAGAAAAAAAACAUUUCCAGAUUACAAUUUAACUUUUUGAUCACUUCCAAAAAAAAGGGAAAGAAUCCCCAAUACUCACAUAAUAAAUUUUAAAGGGUAUUCUGCUUAGUGGUGUACAUCUUCAAUGCCUAGCAUUUUUUAAAAAUUGAUACAUGUAUAAACAGCAGAUGUAUAAGAUAAAGGAAACCAUCAGGACU